CUCUUUUGUAUUACAACAGUUCUGAAAAAAAAGUACACUACGGAAUUGGAGCACCCGUGUAGGUGUAAAAAUAUAAAGACUAUAAAAGGCCCAAAAUAAAGGAGUCGCCACAAGCCUCCUUAAGCUCAUCCCUAGUAAUCAACAAUUUCCACCAAAACCUCUAAAUCUCAAUACAGAGAAAACCCUAAAACCUUCAACAACAUGUCGGAUGAGGAACACCAUUUUGAGUCUAAGGCUGAUGCCGGUGCCUCUAAGACCUACCCUCAGCAGGCUGGUACCAUCCGUAAGAACGGCCACAUCGUCAUCAAGGGUCGUCCUUGCAAGGUUGUUGAGGUUUCAACUUCCAAGACCGGAAAGCAUGGACAUGCUAAAUGUCACUUUGUUGCGAUCGACAUCUUCAAUGGAAAGAAGCUGGAAGAUAUUGUCCCAUCUUCUCACAAUUGUGAUGUCCCUCAUGUUUCUCGUACUGACUACCAGCUGAUAGACAUUUCCGAGGAUGGAUUUGUGAGUUUGCUGACUGAAAGCGGUGGCACCAAGGAUGACCUGAGGCUUCCAACCGACGAAAACCUGAUGAAGCUGAUCAAGGACGGUUUUUCGGAAGGAAAGGACUUGAUUUUGAGUGUGAUGUGUGCCAUGGGAGAGGAGCAGAUCUGUGGUGUUAAGGAUAUUGGCAAAGCUUAGAAAUAUAGAGUAUUUAUUUCAAAAUGAUGGGCCUAAGAACACCUCUGAUAUUGUUGUAUCAUGCCCAAGUCCACAUUAUUGAAUGGUGGGUAUGGUUUUUGUUGGUGGUUUUAAGUUGUUUGAAAGUUUAAUGUUUUCUCAUGAGAUUUACAGUGUUGCUCUUUUUAUUAAUUACAAUUGGGAAUUUUGUGUUGCUCUUUUUAACUCA